AUGGAGCUGGGGCUGGGCAGCGGAGGCUCGUCGCUGGGCGCUCUGCGGGCGUUCGCGGCGUCGUGCUGCCCGCAGAACGAGCGCAAGACUGGCGGCGGAUGCUGCGCCGACGCGUUGGUGCUCGCCACGGCGCCGCCGCCUGUUAACGAGGAGUUCGCGCACGAAGUGGCGGCCGCGUUCGUGUUCGCCGACGAGAUGAAGACGGUGCGGCAGCUGCAGAGCAAGUGCAAGGAAGGGAAGGCGCUGGUGAACGCCAUCUACAGCUCCAGGAGCUGCGCCAGAGCCUUCCCGCCCGGCGUCGUGGCGGACGAGGCCGACCCGAACAAAAUGAAGCAGUACCACCACGCCAUCUUUGCUGUGCUGCAGCCGCAGGUGGAGAAGAUCAAGCAGCUGAGCGAGUACUGCUCGCAGGCGGUGGUGCUGCUGAGCGACAACAUCCAGCGCACGACGGUGCACGAGAACAUGACGCGCGUGAUUCCGGACGUCAUGAUGGACGCGCUGGUGGACAUUAUGGACGUGAUCCUGCAGCUCAACCACUUGCAAGACACCAAGAGCAGUCUCAGAAAUGACUUCACUGUCUUCAAGCGGGUGUUUGUGCAUGUAAAGGAUGAUCUUCCGGACGCUGACGUCGUCGAAAGGGAUAUCGCGCGUUUGCAGGAGUUUAUGGGGAGCUCUUAUCAAGCGAAAGGUGCUAUGUGGGACUCUCUGCGGCACAACUUGACCAACGUGAAGCGGUAUGAACAGGUCACGUAUUUAUUACUAAGGCAUUGUGUCAACCAUAUCGAGAAUGACACGUGCACAACGCCGAGCUCCAAGUUCAAGUACAUCCGAGCGUUGUCGUAUCUCAUGGCAGUUUUAGAGGGAUCGGAUGUAUGGAAGAAGACGAACACGCUGCCUGGGGCCGACAAAAAGGUUAUCGAGGCGGCUGUCAAGCUCAUUGCUCGAUUUCCUGUCAUCCCGAUGCUCCAUGAAACCAGCAUUAAGCCGGUAAACGCGUUGCAGUCGCAAGGAAGCUACAGACUGGAGUCGAGUAACGGGGCGUCGUCGUCCAAGAAUCGAGAUGCUCUGUUUGAUAUUCUACUAGCCACAGAUUUCAAGAAAAAACACAAAGAGCGAAAGUUCUCCCAGAUUCCUGAUCGAACGGCGAGCCCCUCCCUUUGCCAGAUUCAAAUGCUACGAACAGCCAUCGAUUCCAUGUAUGCAAGACGCUCGAUGGGUGACCUGAAUGCCAAGUCCUCUACACUCUUUUCAUUCAAGAAGGAUCUUGAUAGCUCAGACGCGGAGUCACUGCAAGAAUUUUACCAUAAAUCAGGAGCUUUCCCAAUUCUGUUGGACCUAAGCACUACGCUGAGUGAAUUGGCAGAUUUCUCCAGUCUUUGGUUUCGUGAGCAAUAUCUGGAGCUUGCCAAGUCUGUGCAAAUCCCCGCAAAAAUUUCCCUUCCGUGGUUGCUCAUUGAACACACGUUGGAUGGUGCAGCUACGCGUGUCGAGCCUGUACUCGCGGUAUUAGACGCUUACAACGAUGCCGGGAGGUGCUCUCUUCACGAGCUUCACCAGCAGCAUCUUUACGAUGAAGCAGAGGCUGAAGGCGAGCUUUGUUUCGAUCACUUCGUGUUUUUACUGGCGGAACGAGUUUAUCUCCAUUACAAGUCGUUGGCGGCAAAAGAUGCGUGUCGAGAAUGGUGUGGCCAUGAAAGCACACAGGUUCGCAAUUUACCUACUAAAGGUGCCGCUGCCGCCAAGCGAAACCCAACUCUGUUCUCCCUCAACAACGCACUUGAUACCGAAGAAGAAGGCUCCAAGUACGAAUCGAUUCUUACACAGAGCCACGUGAACGUUUUUGGUCGAAAUUACGAUCUCACAUUUCAACUUGGACAGCGCGUCGAUGCCUUAUUACGGAAAGACUUGGAGGGCUGGUUCACAAAGUUUGAAGCUAGCGAUGCCACCUGCUACGUCGCCAUGCUCGACAUCCUCAAGGUUCUCAAAAAGACACAUUCAUCACUAUCAAUACUCGGGCUUGACGAUUUUGACGACGUAUUCGAAGAGACAAACGAUGAAAGCCUGGAGUGUCUUUUGGGGAGUUCACUUUCUGUAGACGUCCCUCUCCUGUCUCGAGUACACGAGCAGAUUUCUCAAACGAUCCGCACGGAUUUGUGCCAGCAUUUCAGUCUCAAGUUCGACAACAGGCGGUUCACUCGUAUGCCGCUACACGAAGCGUUGAUGCUGACGGUUGGAGAUCAAUUCGCGCACGAAGAGUGCUUACGAAAAGCCAAGAAACACCGGUUAUCCAGGGGGAGCAUAUUCCGGACGAAAAUUGGCAAUUCAACCGCAGUCAAAGCUGCAAAAUACGGAGCUCUCGAGAAGACAAUCACGGGCACACAUCGUGCUUGCUUCGGUGAGCCCCACGUGCAAGCACUCUGCAAGUUACUUCCCAAGCGACAACUUCUUGCGGUUGCAAACGAUUGCAUCGAAUUCGCGGUGACGAAGAAUGUGAACGCAGCUCAGUCGAAUGCAACAGAGCAGUCUGCUAAUUCCACCGAUCGACUUCCGAGUCUGUUCCAGUGUGCCCUCGAGCGUAUCGACUCCAUGCUGAAGAGGUCUGAGAUCGCGCUCGAGUGGGAGGCAGUGCCAGAUUCGCAGCCGGAAAAGAUGCCGAAUGCUUCUAGCUUCUACCACGUGUGGUGUGCGCUGGAGUUUCUCAGCUGCAAUCGUCCCCGUGAAGGUGGUGACUACUCAUUGGACCAAGGAGAAUCCUUGUCGCUGCGAGAGAUGUUCGGGGAUGGCGUGCAGCUUGCAGGCUGUAGCCUCGUGCAUCUACUUGGACAGCGCACACUUUACGAUCUCUGGAACGUCAGUCAGCACGUCAUUAACGUCCGCCACCACGAAGAAGUCAAGGCGGCGAGCGAGGCACAAGUAGCGCUUGUCUCUAACAGCAAAAAGAGUCGGCAGAAGGGUGAGCCAUCCAAUGCACAAACUACCGUGGGGACUCUCGAUCGGGAAAUGGAGGACAGGGCUGCUCGCUUCGUCGUGAAUGCCCGCGAAAUGCGCGCGACGUCCAAGCAGAUAUUCCACACGCUCGAGCUGGCGUGGCCAUCGGGUCCUCGACCAGCGGCAACCUUCACACCGCCACCAUUCAGCCCUCCCGUAAAUACCCCGUCAUCUCCGCUGGGAGCACAGUACCAUCGGUAA